AUGAGCGUUGCGUGUAGAUUAAGAACAUCUUCUUAAAUUGCACAGAUCCAAUGCAUGUAUUGUUACGUAACAGACUGAUGAUGUUAUUUCUCAUGUGAAAAUAAAGAGCUGCAAUCAUCAAGCCUGCUGAGAUUAAUAGUCACCACAGUUAAAAAAAAAAUCACUUACCUUUUUUAGAUUAAUUUUACAUUUUAGAGCUUUUAGUCAUAAAACAAAGAUCUUAUUUUGCCCACACAUACAGCUCCGGGAAAAAUUAAGAGACCACUCCACAUUUUUCUUUAAUCUUUAUCUCUACAUGUAUGGCAGCCAAUCCAGAGUCUGUUGAAUUCCAACACAGACAAAUUGUCAGUAGUUUAUAGAAUACAAUUUAAAAAUGUAACUCAAAGACACGUCUAUAAAUAAUAAAACAAGACAAAAUGAUAAUGCUGAAGUGGUCACUUCAUUUUUUCCAUGGCUGUAUAUAGAAAUCACAUUCAUAGUCCUUUUAAUAGUAGUUUUUUUCCCUCUACAAUUUCCCAUCUGUUGUAUUCUGUUAACAGUAAAAGCUUUAUACAGACAUCCAGUCAUGUACUCAAACGCACCCUAUGAAAGUAUGAAAGGAUUCAAACAACAAGCAAACAUAUACAGUAUAUUUCCUUUUUUCUAAUUAAUAAGGUUUGAAGAGAAGGUGUUUUUUAUCAGUAUAAAGCAUAAUAACUGUUCAAUAAUGCUCUUGUUCAUGCUUAAGCUUUUAAAACAACUGUAGUGUUUGUCUUGUAUAUGAAAUUACGUAUAUGCACAGCAUUAAGCUUUCCCUACGAGACCAAAGCUGCAGAGAUAAUCCAUAAGAGACCUCAUCCCGACUCUCUGGCAUACGCAGAUCACUGCUGUUUACGGUUUACACACAGACACAUGCUUGGACAGAGAGAACAUCUAAAGACUGAAUGAGAGAAAGACAUAGAAUUAUUUUUAACAAGGAAAUAGUAGUCCAGGAUCUCGACUGAAUCUGUCGUCAUGAGUAUUAAACAAGCCUGCAUCUUUCUCAGGGGAGGAUCGAGGAGACAAACAAGGGAUCUUACACACGAUGAGAUUGAAGAGUUACGUGAAGCUUUCGUAGAGUUUGAUAAAGACAAGGAUGGUUUCAUAUCCUGUAAAGACUUGGGGAACCUGAUGAGGACGAUGGGUUACAUGCCCACUGAAAUGGAGCUCAUUGAACUGAGUCAGAACAUCAACAUGAACUUGGGGGGACGGGUGGACUUUGAGGAUUUCGUGGAGCUAAUGACCCCCAAGCUUGUGGCUGAAACUGCAGGGAUGAUUGGGUUGAAGGAACUUAAAGAAGCAUUUCGAGAGUUUGAUUUAGAUGGUGAUGGUAGUAUCACAUCGGAGGAGCUGAGAAAUGCCAUGAAAAAGUUACUAGGAGAACAGACCUGCAAAAAAGAAAUUGACGCGGUGGUCAGAGAAGCUGACAACAAUGGAGACGGAACAGUUGACUUUGAAGUGGUUGAGGACAUCAACAUCCCCUGGUCCUACUACUCGCCUGCUGUAGAAAGGGUCUUCAUUUAAUCAGAUCCACAGGACAUUAUCGUUAUCUGAGAAUGUUUGGCACUGACCUCACCAAACGUAGUAGUUGCAGCCUCGACCCUGGAAUAAAAAAACAUCUAUCCCUCUGAUGACACCUUUAGAAAAUAAUUUCAGCAGGACGACUGUCCUCUGCUUCCUUGCCUCCGAUGCUUCUGUCUAGAUAAGGUGGGAAGCCGGCUAUCUGCUCAGUAUUAUGUAAAUAUUACAGAUCUUUAGUUACUUUUCAAUCAGAUUAGUUUUACAAAAUAUAAAUGAACUAUACAAAAUAAAUAUAUGUUGAUGUGUUAAUAGGACGAGCUACCCAGCAUUUAAUAAAUUGCAUAUUACUUUUGGUAUUUUUAGUUUAAGUAUAUUUUGAUGCCAAUACAUGUCAGUUUUUCUUCACUGUUAAUGUUAUAAUAUAAAAAAUGCCCCUUACCAUAAGUCAGGGGACAUUGGUUUACUCAAUAACAAAUGGGAACCGCUAGUUCAGACAGAGCUUUCCAGCUUAGCUAAAUCACAAUCCAUUUGAUUUUUUUAACAAGCCGAUUAUUAUUAAUCCGAACAAAUAUGACUAUUAUUUCAGAAUGGCAGGUUGCCAACGACAAUAAAAAAAUAACAGAUUUGUUUCCAA